AGGAAACUAAUCACUGGAGCACACGAUGCAACCCGCUGCCUGUUGGGACGUGAGCGGCCGCCGCACGGACGAACCGCCGCUGAUCCGCCUACCCCUCACCCACCCCCAAUCUUCCUGGCGCAGACACCACUCUCCUCCACCUCCAACCUCCUGCUGGAGGCUGCCGUCCUCAGCCACGGGUUUAGCGCCCCGUCUCUCGCCGUCGCUAGGGAGGCGUCGACUACGGCUCCCUGUUGAAGGAUGCGAGCGUGGGUCGCCGCCGCCGCACAUAAAGCAAGCUCGGACCGCCGCCGCCGCCACCGGCGGCCGCUCCUCCUCUGAUGGAAGCACAAGCGUAGGCUGCCGCCGGCCGCUCCUCCUCCGUUGCCCUAGGUGCCUAUGGAACUUCACGCCACAGUCUAGACGACGCAAAGAACUGAUCUGCUGCACCCACGAAACCUGCAGAGCGGAAGACUUUUCUUUUUGAUGGAAUCUGAAUCGAAAGAAGCAUAAGCAUGCAGAGGAACGAGUCGUCCACCUUGCUGGUACAAAAUGGACUACAAGAUUUUAUACAUGCGAUGGAUUAGAUGAUAUUUGAUAUUUGAGCCUUGUACUGGUGGGAUUUCCACAACACUACGUAUGAUCUAAACAUUGACUGAAAAUAUUUAUUAGAGUAUUUUUUUUCAAACGAA